UCUAACUCUGUCUCUCUUCUCCCUCCCCCAGGUGAAUAAGCCAGGUGUGAUGCGGGACCAGAUCAGUGUUAGCGGGGCUCAGUUGAAGGUCAAGUACCCGUACGAAGACUCCACCUACAACCGCAAGGUCAAUGCUGUUACCGCGACAACGCACAACGGCAACAGCGCCGCCGGACAGAUCACCGGUAAACCAGCAUCGGUGCCUGGACAGUCUAAAGAGCGCUCCGCUGGACAGAUCACCGGUAAACCAGCAUCGGUGCUUGGACUGUCUAAAGAACGCAGCGCAGACAGUACGGGAUCCAGUAAGGGGUCGUCAGAGAGCACCGGACCCUGGGGGGGCAAACUGGUGGGGCCCCUGACUCCUGAACAGGCCCUCAGACAGUACCGCUCACAACUUACUAUCCCGGAACAGAGUGAGAUACACUCCUACCCAGAGGUGUAUUUCCUGGGUCCCAACGCUAAGAAGCGUCCUGCGGUUGCUGGGGGCAACAACAAUGGGGGUUUUGAUGACGAGCAGGGAGGGUACAUCCAUGUACCCCACGAUCACCUGGCCUUCAGAUACGAGUUCCUCAAAGUCAUCGGCAAGGGCAGCUUCGGACAGGUGGCGAAGGUGUACGACCACAAGCUGCAGCAACACCUGGCGCUGAAGAUGGUCCGUAACGAGAAGCGUUUCCACCGCCAGGCGCAGGAGGAAAUACGUAUCCUGGAGCACCUCCGUAAGCAGGACCGCUCCGGAACCAUGAACGCCGUCCACAUGCUAGAACACUUCACCUUCAGAAACCACAUCUGCAUGACCUUUGAACUGCUCAGCAUGAACCUGUAUGAGCUGAUCAAGAGGAAUAAAUUCCAGGGCUUCAGCCUGCCGCUCGUCAGGAAGUUCGCCCACAGCAUCCUGCAGUGUCUGGAGGCUUUGAGCCGACACCGGAUCAUCCACUGUGACCUGAAGCCGGAGAAUAUACUGCUGAAACAGCAAGGACGGAGUGGAAUCAAGGUGAUAGACUUCGGUUCGUCAUGUUUCCAUCACCAGCGUGUCUACACGUACAUCCAGUCCCGCUUCUACCGCGCCCCCGAGGUCAUCCUGGGGUCACGCUACGGUCUCCCCAUUGACAUGUGGUCAUUUGGCUGUAUCCUGUCUGAGCUGUUGACAGGAUAUCCCAUGUUCCCCGGGGAGGACGAAGGGGAUCAGCUAGCCUGUGUCAUGGAGCUACUGGGCAUGCCCCCUACCAAGCUACUGGAGCAAGCCAAGAGGGCCAAGAACUUCAUCUCUUCCAAGGGCCACCCGCGCUACUGCGGAGCUAACACCUUGCCCAGCGGGGCCACGGUUUUCACAGGCUCCCGAUCGCGCAGGGGGAAGCUCCGGGGUCCUCCGGCUAGUAAAGAGUGGAGCGCGGCCCUGAAGGGAUGUGAAGAUCUCACCUUCACGGACUUUAUUAAAAGGUGUCUAGAUUGGGACCCUUCCAGCAGACUGACCCCUAGUCAGGCCCUCAGACACCCCUGGUUGUAUCGACGUCUGCCUAAACCCCUGGGCCCCGCCGCCGGGGAGAAGAAGGGAGCGACGGAACAUCACUCUACCUCCUUCCCGUCCAUCCUGCCGGCUAAAGGAGGGAGCGGCGCAGCGGCAAAUCACAACAAACUGAGAGCCAACAUGAUGGGAGACUCAGCAGGGUCCGUACCCCUCCGCACCGUGCUGCCCAAACUGGUCUCAUAGACAGAUGGACACAACCCAGGAGGUUUUAAAGUUAUUUUCUCUUUUGGUUUUUCUGUGUUUUUUAAUGAUUUUUUGGGGGGGGGGGAAACGUGUGGACACUCCAGGUGUUGAUUUAGAAUUGUAUCUGAAGGUGUGUGGAUGAACGGCCCGUUGGACAGACGAUAUAAAGGUUUUUACAGCA